AUGACUUCGAGAAGUGACAUCCUGCUCCUAGUUUGCAGCAUUUUGGCAUACUCGAUUGGCAAGCCAACGUUGUCCACGUUUCCUCAUUGCACCAGGAUCAGCACCGUUGUUGGAAAUGUCCGACGGAAAGAAGUAGACACGACGGAAAUCGAGGUGAUGACUUCAGUGAGUCUAAACCUUGGCUUAGACGAAACAGCGUGUUUCGAAAUCAACGUUGGACACCGAAACUCAAGCAAGGCGACAGGAGCGGAAGUAGAAGACUCUUCAAUCUGGCUUUAUGCCGUGAGGUACGCCAGCCUUGAGCAGAUCCACCCGAUUAAAGAGCAGUACGUGUUCAGCGUUCCGCUGUUGAAAUCGAAGUGCGUCUGUGACUGUCCAGGCGGUGAUACGCACUGUACGCCCGGAAGCCAUCUCCGCAAUUGCAGCCUCAAGCCGUUCUGCGUCUCAACUUUUCACCCUCACCAACAUUCAGCAGGCUGUCAGCAUGACGGAGAAGCCACGGUCUGUUGUGAAGUCAUCAUUUCGCCUUACCAACAACGAAGGUAUGCUGCGAUUUACCUCGGCCAAUCUGUGUCCGUAGCAUCGUUCACGCUGACGAAGUUCGUGCGCCAGGAUAACAUGUGGAUUUCUGUUAAAGAUCAAUUAAUCAAGAUGAUCGUCAAUCAGAAGCAAAUAGCUGAAUAUCCGGAAGAAAGAAUGAGCUUUGUGGUAAACGGCAUCACGCCGCAGUGGCAGCUGCAAGAAGGGAUGUACUUUUAUGAGUACAACGCGACAGCCGUAACGCUGCGUACCGGCAUUCCAAUAAACCGGCAGUACGAGUGGAACCUGAAUAAACUGGGCUGGUUUCGAAAGCGGGAUAAUCAGUGGUACAUUCGGAAGGGGCGUAUGAAAAUACAGGCGGCUCAUUUUGUGCAAACCAAAGACUGUCAGGUACAGAUAUACAGUGACAGCUACAACGCAGAGUUCUAUGUGCAAGACGGUGCAGAGGACGCCAUGGUCGAUGAUCGCGUUCAUCUUGGCUACGCGGUUGAGGAAACCGAAAAAUGGAUCAAGAAAAUCGACAUACCACUGCAGCAGUCAACGUCGCCAGAGCCUGAGAGAUAUCUGGUACUACACCACUCGCUGUCGCUGGCCGUCUUCCUGGACCUGCAACUGAACAUGAGUGCGAAUGUUACCUUCCAUCAUCACGGUCCGUCGAUCUCUGACUUUAGGGCAACGGUGAUCACCGACCGGCAUUCAAACACGUACAUCAACCUGACCAUGUUCAACGUACAGGGGACGAUCAUCGGCAACCUCUACAAAACGGAUGCUGAGGAAGAAACCGACUUGGUAUUCAGCACCCACGUCGGCAACGGAACGGUGCAAAAUCACACCGUGCUUCUACCCGUUCAAAACCACAUAGCCUCAGCACGAUGGCUCUGCAUGCAUCCUUACCAAGUUCAGACAGUCAAAUGCAGGUGGAUAAGCUAUGAAUCGACUCCGUUAGAAACUGCCAACGUUCCUUACAGAUGGGUUCAACAAAAAGGAGAUUGCAAAGACUGCAAUCAGCACUUCACCAGUAACUUUCUCAAAUACCUUAAUCCGUCUAAUUGGAUUAAUGGAAUAAACGGUUGGACAGAAGCUCUAGCAGUCGGUAUGGAAGUGGGGCUAUACGUACUCACGGCAAUAGCUGGAAUCGCCAUUUUCAAGAGACUCGUACUCCCGCUAUUAAGAAUUGUCGUGUGUGACUUUGGACGCAAAUCAAAAACGUCAGCCACCUAG